UAGAAACGGAGCAGGAAACUGGCUGGGCCAGCGAGCGGAGCUCCGGCUGUGGGUUGGGGGUGGAAAGGCGGCCGCAGCGGCAGCGCCGGCGGCGGCGACGGCUGGAGCCGCUCCACGGGCGAGAUCCAAUAGCGGCCACCCCCGGAGGGACGCCUCGCCCGUCCACACGCUCCCCGCCGCCGCUAGCUCGGCUCCGCGCAGCGCGGCUCCAGGCCGCCCCGGCUGCUAUGUAACCGCGCGCCUGCGGGAGGCAGGGAACUCGGGAGCGGAGCUGGGCCCCGGGGAGCUCCCGGGGGCCAAGUUUGUGGCUACUACAGCUCGCGCGCCCGCACCAGCCCCUUUUCGGUAGCUGGCCCGGGUCAUCCUUCGUCUCGUCGCCUGCCCGGCAGCCGCGGUCCCCGGCGAUCAUGGUGACGGUGGAGGAACUGCGGGAGAUGGACUGCAGCGUGCUCAAAAGGCUGAUGAACCGGGAGGAGAACGGCGGCGGCGCGGGCGGCAGCGGUAGCCACGGCGCUCUGGGGCUGCUAAGCGGCGGCAAGUGCCUGCUGCUGGACUGCAGACCGUUCCUGGCGCACAGCGCGGGCUACAUCCGAGGCUCGGUCAACGUGCGCUGCAACACCAUCGUGCGGCGGCGGGCCAAGGGCUCGGUGAGCCUGGAGCAGAUCCUGCCGGCCGAGGAGGAGGUGCGCGCCCGCCUGCGCUCUGGCCUCUACUCGGCCGUUAUCGUCUACGACGAGCGCAGCCCGCGCGCCGAGAGCCUCCGCGAGGACAGCACCGUGUCGCUGGUGGUGCAGGCGCUGCGCCGAAACGCCGAGCGCACAGACAUCUGUCUGCUCAAAGGUGGCUACGAGAGGUUUUCCUCUGAAUAUCCAGAGUUCUGUUCCAAAACCAAGGCCCUGGCAGCCAUCGCCCCCGCGGCGCCCCCCAGCACUGCGGAGCCUCUGGACCUGGGCUGUGGCCCCUGCGGGACCCCUCUGCAUGACCAGGGGGGUCCUGUGGAGAUCCUCCCCUUCCUCUACCUUGGCAGCGCCUACCAUGCGGCCCGUAGGGACAUGCUGGACGCCCUGGGCAUCACGGCCUUGUUGAACGUCUCGUCCGACUGCCCCAACCACUUUGAAGGACACUACCAGUACAAAUGCAUCCCUGUGGAGGACAACCACAAGGCUGACAUAAGCUCCUGGUUCAUGGAGGCCAUCGAGUACAUCGACGCUGUGAAGGAGUGCCGCGGGCGGGUGCUGGUGCACUGCCAGGCGGGCAUCUCGCGCUCGGCCACCAUCUGCCUGGCCUAUCUGAUGAUGAAGCAGCGCGUGCGGCUCGAGGAGGCCUUCGAGUUCGUCAAGCAGCGGCGCAGCAUCAUCUCGCCCAACUUCAGCUUCAUGGGGCAGCUGCUGCAGUUCGAGUCGCAGGUGCUGGCCACGUCGUGCGCUGCCGAGGCCGCCAGCCCCUCCGGGCCCCUGCGGGAGCGUGGCAAGGCCACUCCCACGCCCACAUCGCAGUUUGUCUUCAGCUUCCCGGUCUCUGUGGGGGUGCACGCGGCGCCCAGCAGCCUGCCCUACCUGCACAGCCCCAUCACCACCUCCCCCAGCUGCUAGAGCCACCUGCCACGUUCCCUCCCACACCCCCGCCCCGCCCACCAGCCUGGAGUUGCAGCCAGGGCCGGGAGGGGUUGUCGGCGGGCAGGAGCCGAGGCAGGAGCCGAGGGUGGGGGUGAUGACCAGGCGCCUGCCCACAUCCAUCUAUCCCUCCGGCCGGGAGCCCUCUCCGCUCCCACCAGCCAGCAUGGCAAUAAGGAUGCGGACCACUUACUCGAAGCAAACUACAGAACACUCCAACCCAGAGCAAUAACGCUGGCAGCCCGGCGGGGGGAGCGCCUGGUUGGGUGCGGGGGGCACUUUUACUUUCUACGUAGGACUUUCUUACCUCAUGUUUUUAAGCAGUCAGGCUUGAAGUUAGGAAUCCCACGGACCCUGGCAAAAUGUGCUGACUGGAUUUUAUUCACGGGGGAGGGAGGGAGAAGGACCCAGGGAAGACCACAGGCAUGCCCAGGUUCCUGGUUCGGUGCUCUCCACUGAGUUCCAGGAGUUUCCCUUUGGUUCUGUAGCCACCUUGGGGGACAGAGGCCUUCCUUUGUCCCCCACACCAAGUUAGUUAUGCUUGAUAAUAAAUAAAAGGCAUUUUGUUCAGAAUUCCCUCCGAGGAUUUAAACCCAAGGAGGCUUGCAGUGGCUUGCUGUAGGGU